GUCGGGUUCGGAAUUCGGUUACGGUCUCGCCGCAUCAGGCUUGUGUUUUUAGUUUAGUUUCGUCAGCUCAUUUAGCGGGUAGCCCCCCAAUAACUACACCUUUCUUUGCGCGCAGCAGAUCGGUAGAUCUUAUCUUAGGAGCAGUAUGGAGGCCGGUAGCAGCAGCAGCAGGACCAAACCCAAGCACAUUCUGCAUCUGACUGAGGAGGAGCGCCGCAGCUUUUGCGACUCCUUCGAUCGUGUGUUCAGUGACAUUGAUGGCGUUGCCUGGGGCUUGGAGCACAUGGUUCCUCAUGCCGCCGACGGUUAUAUGGCCCUCGAGCGGAUUGGCAAGCAACUGACCUUUGUCACCAACAACAGUGUUCGGACUAUGGAUCAAUGCGUUCGGCGCUUUGCCAAGAUUGGACUACAGGUGAAGCCGGAGCAGAUCUGGCAUCCAGCACAGAGCAUUGUGGAGUACCUCCAGGGGAUUAAGUUCGAGGGCCUGAUCUACAUCAUUGCCAGUCAGCCAUUCAAGGCGGUGUUGCGAGAAGCGGGCUUCAAGCUACUUGAUGGGCCCAACGAGUUCAUUGAAGAAUCCCUGGAGAGCAUGGCCAAGCACAUCUUUGACCGGGAACCAGUGCGUGCCGUCGUUAUCGAUGUGGACUUCAACCUGAGCUCCCCGAAAAUGCUGCGUGCCCACAUGUAUCUGCGGCGUCCCGAGUGCCUGCUACUGGUCGGUGCCACCGAUCGCCUCCUGCCUGUGGCCAAGAAUGUGAACAUAAUCGGACCAGGACCCUUCAACUCCAUCCUGGUGGAGGCCAGCGGCAAGACGCCGCUUACCCUGGGCAAGCCAGGCCGCCAGCUGGGCGAGCUGCUGGUCCAGCACUAUGCCAUAAGCCAACCCAGUCGCGUUCUAAUGAUCGGAGACAUGUUGGCCCAGGACGUGGGCUUUGGCCGUGAAUUUGGCUUCCAGACGCUGCUCGUCCUCAGCGGCGGCUGUACCCUGGAGCAGCUGCAGGCCGAGACGGAUCCCAGCCGUAUUCCGGACUACUAUGCGGAUAGUGUGGCUGACUUGGCCGUGAUGCUGGGCGAAGCACCUAAAGCGCAUGUCUAGCCAAAGAAAGAAGAUAAAUAGAAAGCCUAGGAGGGGUCUGGUUAUGGUUAAGGGAAACGUUUGGAAUAAAUUCAAGUUUAAAUUAUAAUGUGAAGCUGAAAUAUAAUAUUUAAAGUGAACAAGUAUAGAUAAUAGUUAUUAAAACUUGAUUCCAACUGCAGGAUCUAGGGCUCUACAAAAGCUAAAAUUUAA